UUCUUAUGCACUCCAGCACCCCUAUCAGUUCCUUGUUCUCCUUUACCAGCCCUGCAGUGAAAAGACUGCUGGGCUGGAAACAAGGGGAUGAAGAGGAAAAGUGGGCAGAAAAAGCUGUUGAUUCCUUGGUGAAGAAGUUAAAGAAGAAAAAAGGUGCCAUGGAAGAACUGGAAAGGGCUCUGAGCUGCCCAGGUCAGCCCAGUAAAUGUGUCACAAUCCCACGUUCCUUGGAUGGUCGGCUGCAGGUGUCUCACCGCAAGGGUCUUCCCCAUGUCAUAUACUGCAGAGUGUGGCGCUGGCCUGAUUUACAAUCUCAUCAUGAGUUGAAACCACUGGAAUGCUGUGAGUUCCCAUUUGGCUCAAAACAGAAAGAAGUGUGCAUUAACCCCUACCAUUACCGGCGGGUGGAAACCCCAGUCCUACCUCCUGUACUUGUUCCAAGACACAGCGAGUUUAACCCUCACCUCAGCCUCCUUGCCAAGUUUCGAAACACUUCACUGCAUAGUGAGCCACUGAUGCCACACAAUGCCACCUAUCCUGAUUCUUUCCAGCAUCCUCCAUGCACUCCUUUUCCAUCAUCACCCAGCCACAUGUUCUCUCAGUCGCCUAACAGCAUCAGCUAUCCCAACUCACCAGGAAGCUCUUCUGGACCAGGAAGUCCCUAUCAGCUCACAGUGGAAACUCCACCUCCACCUUACCAUGCAAGAGAACCUCCAGGAACACACAAUGGGCGAUCAAUGGAUGCAAUAGCUGAAAGUCAGCUAGUGCUGUCUUUGCCCAAUGGAGGUAAAUCAGCCGAUGGAGAAGCUGAAAACUUUCGGCCUGUUUGCUAUGAGGAACCGCAACACUGGUGCUCAGUUGCCUACUAUGAACUCAAUAACAGGGUAGGGGAGACUUUCCAGGCUUCGUCUCGAAGUAUCCUCAUAGAUGGAUUUACAGAUCCCUCAAAUAACAAAAACAGGUUCUGCCUGGGACUGCUGUCAAAUGUAAACCGCAACUCUACUAUAGAGAACACCAGGAGACACAUAGGAAAAGGUGUUCAUCUUUACUACGUUGGUGGGGAAGUUUAUGCUGAAUGUGUCAGUGACAGCAGUAUUUUUGUGCAAAGCCGUAACUGUAACUACCAGCAUGGUUUCCACCCAGCCACUGUCUGCAAGAUCCCCAGUGGCUGCAGCCUCAAGAUCUUCAACAACCAGCUCUUUGCCCAGCUGCUGGCCCAGUCAGUAAAUCAUGGUUUUGAAGUGGUGUAUGAGCUGACCAAGAUGUGUACUAUUCGAAUGAGCUUUGUUAAAGGCUGGGGAGCAGAGUAUCAUCGCCAAGAUGUUACAAGCACGCCCUGCUGGAUUGAGAUCCACCUGCAUGGACCAUUGCAAUGGCUGGAUAAGGUGCUGACACAGAUGGGAUCACCUCAUAACCCCAUCUCUUCAGUUUCUUAAGAAUCAUCUCUA